UGCAGCAUCUGUAUGACGAUAGCCCGCCAAUGGAUGUCGCAACGUAUUUCAAACACUCUAUGCCUGUUCUGCGUGUCGAUGCUCAGUUCACAGUCAUUGAGGCUGCACUCAAAGGCUACAUGAAGUGGAGAGCAAGCAGCACCCAGCAGAGCUUGCCAGACUACGAGCAACAGCGUGCUGCACUAGAGAGGGAUUUGGAGUCGUGGUGCACCAAACUUCUCGAGAUGAAGUUCGAGGAUCCUCUGAUUCGAAAGAGAGUUUUGCAGUUAUUGGUCGCCUUCUCAACAACUGCACUUGACAAGAACCCAGGCUUCAUGCUCAAGGUUCUCGAACACAUUUUGAUGACCUGGCCGUCGCCCCAGCCGGAGCACCGUGCUUUCAAUGAAGCGAUCAAGGACUUCCAGUCUGAAAGCAUGGUGGAGUUGCAGAGACUAGCCUCCAAGGUUCCUGACCACUUACUCGCUGUCUAUGACCAAAUCGAGGCGAAGGUUAACGACAUGAUCUCGUCUGGUACUCUGGAUGAGAAACGCCAAAUCGCUUAUCAAAGCUUCCUCUUCAUCAUCAUUCACCGAGCAUCCAACAUCGACCCCUCCAAACAGGUUGAACGCCUCCAGCAAUUCAUCAAGCCUGUCACAUCCUCAUGGCAAAACCAAGAGCUGAAGAAUGCAUUGUCGUCGUACUCUGGCUUUUGCGAAUUGAUGGCCUUGGACAAGGCGAAGAGAUACUUGAUGAGCCAUCGCGUUCAUGAAGUCAAGGAAUGGGGCUCCUGCGAGUUGGAUGCGGAGGGUUUGGCUCUGCAGGCCGAACUGGAGGAAAGACAAAAGAUGUUGCCACUCCGCCCUACCAAAUCUUUCUUGUCAUUUUCUGUCGAGAAGCUUGAGAAGACGUCAACGCCAUUUCAAGUCUCGUACCAGCUAUGGAAUGAUAGCUUCCCGCUAAUCCUUCCGGACCUUUUGCAGUUCCUCAGCCAUGCUCAUGCCUCGCACAACCCGGAUAACUGGACAGAACUGCCCAACGAGAUGAAGUCUGUUGUUGGCAAUGUGCUUAGCGACCGUUUCUGGCAAGCAGGCAUAUCGGAAGGCAGCAAAGAUGAGUUCUACGCGAGAGUCAUGGAUAAGAAGAACACCCUCGAAGGUCUUGCGUCGACAAUCCGCGGAACGGUACGAUUCGUUAGGGAAACUUGCUACGCGAUCAUCUAUUGCAUGAGUCGUUUGGAGAUGCAGUUUUACGGCUUCAGCGAGCUGCCCGGUCCGCUUGCGCAAGCACUCUUCCAGAACUCAUUCCACCUUUCAGCACAUCAGCAAAUUAAUCUGCUCAACCUCGUCAGGUAUCUUGUGGAUGACUGUCCCCUCGAGCAACGAGAGCAUUUCCUACCUCCACUUUUAGCAGCCUGUUUCCAGCAAAUGGACGCCAAGAUCAAUGCCGAAUGGGAGAACUUGGAACGUCAGCAGGCGAUUCAGGCAGCUGCUGAUGCUCUGACAGAGGAGAUGAAGUCGGAGAGUAUCUUGCGCCAAGUCACUUACACUGCAGUCAUCAUGGUGGCGGAUUUCCUGGACCCUACGAAAAGGAACCCCGCCCCAUUGAGAUCUCAGAACGGUCAAGAGCAUGCACGGAAGUAUCCAUCACUUAGGAAGUUUUGCUUGAUGCAGUCGACCGUUGUCGAGCCACUGCUACUCUUCUGCACGCACGCCAUUCGUAUGCGAGACACUCGUUGCUGCAGCAUAAUUCUGCGAGUGUUCCGAUCCAUCGUCCCAGACUUUACCGUGGCUGAGCCACUGUCGCCGAAAUCUUUACCUCAGGAUGGCGCUGAGGCGGCACCGUCUAACAGGGACCCAUACCUUGAUACCACGCCAGUAUCUGCGGAAGCAGCCACGGCCAUCAGGGAAUACAUAGCCUCGGACGUGCUCCGGGCUUGCAUCACCUCUUUCCAUGAGCCUUACUUUGUAGAUCUACAAAAGGACUUGGCGUCUCUGAUCGCUGCCAUAGUGGUCUACUAUAGCCCUGUCACGAGCACCCCGCGCGACAUCCUCAUGUCUCUGCCCAACAUUAGGCAAGCAGACCUUGACAGACUCAAUGACUUUGUGGCCAAGCCAGCCUCACACACGCGGCAGCAGAGAGCACUUGUGCUUGACCUGCUCAAGGAUCUUAAAGGAGUUAGUAUUGCCGAGAUGGGAAAGCUUCCUAAGAACAGUGGCUUCGGACACAGCAAGAGGUCAAAUCGUAGCAAAAUGGCUCAAGAGUUUAUGACACCGGCCAGCGAGUCGAGAACACGGGGCGGUGGGGUUACUGAUAGGGGGCGUGCCACACCAGAUGCCUUGGAGGGAGUAGCUGGCCUUUUUGAGGGCUGAGAAGCCACCGGGAACCUGUCUCGAGGACGGAAACGCACCGUUGUCCGGCAUAGGCUGUAUGCAAAUGUGUGCCCCGCCUCGACCCGGCCCUGUGGCUAGCAGUUGGAGGAUGGUAAUCCAACGAUCUUGACGAGCCGAGGUGGGCUCUGCCAGAAUACCGCUAGGACUGGAUAACUAGAAAAAAGAGUAUAGACAAGUCGUGGGUUGAUUGGAUGGACUAGGAUUCCACCCAUGGU